AUGGACCUCGAUAAUCAUAUGCCGCUUCAUAAUGAUUCGUCAGAAGUCUGUCCCUGCCCAGAUCCACCAUCUGAUGCCUACAGUAAUCAAGCGCAAGGUGGACCUCGCCAAAAUAUUUCGUCCGGAAGUCAGAAAAUUGAUAUGUGGCGAAAUCGUAAUUUUGAUAGUGGAUUUCAAACUAUGAAUCAUAGUGAGGUAAGAUCUAUCAAUUUUUGAGUGCAAAUAAUUUCAAAAGAAAAUUAAAUCCAGGCACCUUCAAUAAUCUCAUCUCUUCAUCCAUCUUCCCAUAUUUCUGGAAUGUCAUCAGUCGCAGAUUAUGAACAACUUCCAUCUCUAUCAGAUCAUGUAAGUUUGAAAUCAAGUUUCACGAAAAACCUUUCAUUUCCAGCAAAAACUGAAAUUUGAUGGAAUAUCUUAUGGAUCAACAGAAUCACAAUAUGGAAGUGCAGUUCGAGCAAUUCCAGAACUCACAAAUCUGAUGAAAGAUCUAGAUCAUGUAAGUUUCUUUGUACAAAUGUUAGAUCCUUUUUUACAACUGAAAUUUUCAGGCGGUUGUGUACAAAGCAGUUUACAUUAUGCAAAAUAUUGCAAAAAUGGAUAGCGAUCAAAUGAGAAGACAAAAACAAACAGUUAUUACUGAUGUUCGAGUUAUUAUUGCACUUCGAGAUGUUUUACGAGACAAAGUUGAACAUAUGGUUAGUUCUUGAAUAUUUGUUUUGUUUUAAAAUUUGAAUUACUCAAAUUUAAAUUUAGAAUAUUAUUCGAGUUGCUCUUGGUACACUUUUUCAUAUUUGCAAUCGUCCGGAAGGUUUGGAUCUUAUUGCACAUGCUAUUAGUAUGCAACCAGAUUUUAUACAGUAUCUCGUGCAGCAUAUCACGUGAGUUUUUCUUUAAAAAUAUUACUGACUCCCAAGCAACAAUGUUCCAGAUCUGUGCAAUUUUCUUGCUACAAAUAUGCACUUCUAACUCUCCACUCAAUUUUAUCUGAUAAACAUCGAGGUGGUCCAAGUCUAAAUCUUGCGCGACAAUGUGACGCACUGAAAAAUGUUGUUGGAUGGUUGGAAACUGAAAAAAGUGAGAAACUUCUACCAGUCAUAGUGGAUCUAGUCAGAAUUUUGUGUGAUAAACAAAACGAGCAAAGAACUAUUUUCCUGAAAUUGGGAGGAUCUCAAAAAUUGUUGCAUAUUAUUCAAACGUGUAAUUAUGAGAAUUUAUUGUGGAGAUGUACGCAAUUGCUGAAAACUUUUUCAAACUUUGUGAGUUUUUUUUUCUAGUGGAAAAUUUAGAUUGUGGAGUUAUUUGUAGGAUGCAAAUAAUUUGGUUUUAUAUGGAGCUCGGGAAAUUCUUUCAAGAAUGUUGGCCCAUGAAAGUCAACGACUCAUUAUUUCAACACUAGAAACUCUUCGAAAUAUUUCUGAUGUUCCAUCACAAUAUAAAGAAGAUGCAAUUCUCAAAUCUCUCAUUAUGUUACUUGGAAUUCGUCAUCCAACAGUAAUGCUUUAUACUGUUCAAAUUCUAUCAAAUCUUGUUGCAAAUAAUAAACACAACAAAGAAUUCCUAGUAUGCAAUAAUACAAUCGAAAUGUUAUUGAGAUCAUUGAUGGAAGCAUCUGCAUUUAUGCCAGGAUUGAGUAGAGAAGCUCAUAUUAUGGAAGAAUUUAUGGAAAGUGUUAUUUGUAUCUUGCGACAACUUUGUGUUGGUCACUCAUUUGCUGACAAAGUUCAAGCAGUUGUUUUUAAAGAUCCAGUGAUUUUCCUAGAAAAAUUAAUUUCGAUGAGACCAACAAUACUCAAACAAACAUUGAAUGUAGGUUUUUUUAUUAUUGAAUUUUUUCCCUUAAAUCCAAAUGUUCAGCUUCUUCUGAAACUUGCAUCGCACAACGCACUUUUAUUAACAUUCCGUGAUGCUCGAGCUGGUAUGACUUGCUUCAUUGAGCAAAUAGUCCAUAUUUGGAAAGUGUCUUGUAAUCAAAUUAGUUCGGUGAGUCAGAUUCAUUUUUAUCUUUAUGGCUUUUUGCUCCCACCCUAACCAAAUAUUGUUUUUUCAAAAAAAUUUCAAUUUUCAGCAGGAACAAAUUGAAGGGGUGAAAGUGAAAGAUUUGAUUCACAUGUCUGUUGAACUUUUGAGAAUUUUGAGUCGACAACAAGAUAUUUUGGAGCAAAUUAUAUAUUUUCUCCGUAUCCCGGAGAAUAAUCGCAUUGGUGAUACCCAUACUCUUCUUCCACUUUUUGUCCUACAAAAAGUCAAUCUAGAUGAGAACACCCGAAAAUCGGCAAUGCUCCUUUUAUACAACCUAAUGCUUCACGAGCAGAUGGCGACUGUCUUGGAGAAUAAUCAAGCAUUCAUAAAUCUUAUGCAGCAGCUUCAAGUGUGUCAAACAUCGCCCGAACUUGGUAAGAUUUAUAGACGUUAUUUUAUGGCAUGAGAUAAGAAAAUUUUUGCAGCAAGUAUUGCGGACAAUAUUCUCAAGAUGUUAUUUGAGAAGAAAGAGAGAAGCAUGUUUGCCAAAUAUUCAGCUACAAGUUCAACAAUGGAACGAAAUAAUAGUUUGAUGAAAGAUGAUUCGAUGGAAGUUGGCGGAAAUGAAAUGUUUGAUGGAGCUGGAGAAGAAUGGUCACAACAACCUGAUCCGUUUGCAGAAUUAUAUUGUGGAUCAAACGCAGAACCUUCAAGUAACAUUUUCUUCAAUAUGAGCAAUCCUUUUUUAUCAAAUAAUAUUUUCCAGAACCCUUCAAUUCACCAACAUAUAAUUCUCCAACAUCAUCAUACCCUGAUUAUCACGCGCCUCCUGAUUACUAUUAUCACCAACAUCAUUCAUCUGGUCAACCAUCGUCAUCUUCAACCCCUCAAAAUCGUCGUCAUUAUUAUGAUCAAUCUCAUAAUUACACAGAUUAUCGAAAUCCGCGAUUUUGA